CUCCAACAAGAGUAUAACUCAGAAGAAGGCACUAAACAACAUCAAAGUUGUAACAAUAUUUGAUAUUUCACUAACCUCACGACAAUUAAAAUGAAUACUCGUCCCUUUAUUACCCUUCUUUUCUUUUCCCUUUGUUUCAUUAUUUCUUUUUCUCAUUCUCUACGCAAUAGUUUUAGUUUUGAACUCAUCCACCGCGAUUCUUCAAAAUCACCACUCUACAAACCUGCACAAAACAAAUUCCAGCAUGUUGUCAAUGCUGCACGUCGGUCCAUCAAUCGUGCCAAUCGUUUAUUUAAAGAUUCCCUCUCCAAUACACCUGAAUCAACCGUAUAUGUCAAUGGAGGUGAGUAUUUGAUGACUUAUUCGGUUGGUACACCUCCGUUUAAUGUAUAUGGUGUUGUUGAUACAGGUAGUGACAUUGUUUGGCUUCAAUGUAAGCCUUGUGAACAAUGCUACAAGCAAACCACUCCUAUAUUUAAUCCUUCAAAAUCAUCAAGUUACAAAAAUAUUCCUUGCUCUUCUAACUUAUGUCAAUCUGUGAGAUAUACCUCUUGUAAUAAACAAAACUCUUGUGAAUAUACUAUUAACUUUAGUGAUCAAUCAUAUUCACAAGGAGAACUUAGUGUUGAGACUCUUACAUUGGAUUCCACCACCGGUCAUUCUGUUUCAUUUCCUAAAACUGUUAUCGGAUGUGGACACAAUAAUAGAGGGAUGUUUCAAGGGGAAACUUCCGGUAUAGUUGGUCUUGGAAUUGGACCUGUGUCUCUUACAACACAAUUGAAAUCUUCAAUUGGUGGUAAAUUUUCUUACUGUUUGUUGCCAUUGUUGGUUGACUCGAACAAGACGAGCAAACUCAAUUUUGGAGAUGCCGCUGUGGUUUCUGGUGACGGUGUUGUGUCAACUCCUUUUGUGAAAAAAGACCCUCAAGCUUUCUACUAUUUGACGUUAGAAGCAUUUAGUGUUGGAAACAAAAGAAUAGAAUUUGAAGUGUUAGAUGACAGUGAGGAGGGUAACAUCAUACUUGAUUCUGGUACAACAUUGACUCUUUUACCGUCUCAUGUUUAUACUAAUUUGGAAUCGGCGGUAGCACAACUGGUGAAACUAGAUCGUGUUGAUGAUCCUAAUCAACUAUUAAACCUUUGUUAUAGUAUCACAUCAGACCAAUAUGAUUUUCCUAUAAUCACUGCACAUUUUAAAGGUGCAGAUAUUAAGUUGAACCCAAUUAGUACCUUUGCUCAUGUUGCUGAUGGUGUGGUUUGCUUAGCUUUUACAUCAUCUCAAACUGGUCCAAUCUUUGGAAACUUGGCACAACUAAAUUUGUUGGUUGGUUAUGAUCUUCAACAAAAUAUUGUGUCGUUUAAGCCUAGUGAUUGUAUCAAGGUGUAAUGAAAUUAGUUUGUUCGCUGAACUCUUUGAAUUCUAAUAAUAAUAAAGUUUGUAUUUUACUU